GAAAAAAAACACAGAAGAGGAAGAAAUCGCGAUUUUAUAACGCCAUUGUUUGAGGAAUCACCUAUCCUUUCUCAAACCCUAAUUAUUUCCUUGUCGCUUUCUCUCUCGAACGUUCCUCGAUAUUCCCGCGACGACCCAAGAGGCAAGAGCAAUCCGUUUUCCUGAUUAGGCGCUAGCUAGAGGUGGGGUUGCGAUGAGAUCUGCCUUGUGAUUGAUCUUUUUGCUUCGGCUUUGUUUUCGCUCUUGAGCUUAUUGAUCUCAUUGGCUUUCAAAUUCCAACGGGUUCUUGAAAUUUGCUUUUCCUUGAUCGAAAAUAAAGAUAUGGAAUCAGAGAGCGUUAAGUUUGGAGGUCCAAGAGAAUUAGGUGGUGCACUAGAUCUUGUAACCCAAUACAAGUUGUUGCCACACCAUGAAUUCUUCUGCAAGAGAUCACUUCCAGAGUCACUUUCAGAUGCUCAUUAUCUUCAUAAUUUGGUUGGAGACACCGAGAUUAGAAAAGGAGAUGGAAUGCAAUUGGAUCAGCUUAUUCCCAAUGCAUCACUUAGUAGCCGAGAUUCCAAUGCUCGUAUUCAACCUUUUGUUUUAGAUGAACUUAAGGAGGCUUUUGAGCUUAAUGAUACAGCUCCUGUUGAAUUGCCUCCAGCAGAGAAGGGAGCUCCUACCACGGCCUCAAAAUCAAAAAGUGAGUCGAAAGAUAAGGACAGGAAGCAUAGAAAACACAAAGAAAAGAAUAAGGAGAAAGAUAGGGAACAUAAGAAGCACAAGCACAAGCAUAAAGAUAGGAGCAAAGAUAAGGAUAAAGACAAGGAUCGAGACAGAAAGAAGGACAAAAGUGGGCACCAUGAUAAGAAAAGGAAGUACAAUGGGACUGAAGAUCUUGAUGACGUUCAGAGGCACAAAAAGAGUAAGCAUAAGAGCUCAAGGCUUGAUGAGAUGGGAGCGAUGUAGGUUGGAGGCUGAAGCCGGGGACACUCUCAUUUUUGUAUUGCACACCAAAGGUGUCAUGGAGAGGUUUAGAAGCAGCUAACUUUGUUAGGUUUAAUCUCUAAAUAAAAAUUUCACUGUGGGGGAAGUUAGGAAGGGUGAAGCAACGAAAGUUCGCCAAGAAGGCAAGAAGAAUCACACAACUUGUACAUUUUGUUACUUCAAAACAAGCUAUGAAGUUUAUCCAUUCUCGUGACUAUUUAUACAGAAACGUUUCAUACAUUCGAAGUCAUUUAUUCUGAAUGUUAUCAGAUCUGAAGGCAUAUGAUUCGAGGCAGAACGCAAGUGUAGUUUUUAUUCAUGUAUUUCUUCUGUCUGUAA